AGCACUGAGGUCGUAUCCAGCCAAUCUGAGCUGGUGGUUUGCAUCUGGGCUAAAGUGACCUAUUUUAGACGACCCUCUGUGCUUAUAAGCAUUAGCAACAGAGAUACCACUGUCGGAGAUGUCAGUGUAGGACUUGUCCCAAGGGGCGUGAUCUUGAAACAAGGGCGCUCUGUGUGGGUGGCAGCAGCUAGGAUAAUGCCCCUCACAUGGUACCACGCUUGUCUUUCCGUCAGCCAGGGCGGCGUAUCCGUCGUCUUCGACGGAACCCGACUGCUCCAGGUCACCCCACUGACGAAUUACUUGUCAGGGAAAGCCCUCGUAAUCCUCGGAGGUAGCAUCAAGUGGCCCGACGUGUCUCCCACGACUUUCGUCUUGACGUCUCCGUCGGAGGCAAGUUGGGAGACGCUCAGAUCGCAGAGGGACUACAACAGGAUAGUCGGGUCCUUCGCCGGGGAGCUGGCCAACCCCAAAGUCUGGAACAAGACCCUGAUGGACAGAGAUUAUAAGAAGCUGAACGAUUGUAAAGAUGCGGAAGCUCUGGCUAUGACUGACCCCCCUCCGUGGGCGCCGUCUGGAUCUAAUAUCAUCACGAGCUCCGUGGACGUGGAAGAACCUUGCAGGAAGAAGGUGUUUGAUUACGUUCUGUUUCCCGAGCCCAUGAAAUAUGCCGAAAACGCCGAUCUGUGUCUGAGGAUGAACAUGGGUCUUCUCCGCCCAAAGAAACAGAGCGACAGGGAGGCGUUAUCUAACGAUGCUGUGAAGUACAGUAGCUGUUCCAGUGGUGAUAGAACUGUCUGGUUAGGUGCCGAGGACGACAGGUGCUUCGUGUUAACAAAAUACCAGACGGAAGUGGUCAGGGAAGUGGUCCCCUGCACCUCACUCUUAUGUGGUGGUUGUCAGGUCAGGGAAGGCGUCAGGCGGCUUUAUAUUCUGAGGGGGCUAUGCCCCCUUCCGGCCCUGGACUUGGCAUUCGUGGCUGCGCCCGAUUUCAGUUCCAGGCCGUAUUUCAAGGGCGUCGAGCGCUACGACAUCAAGAAGAAUUAUGCCACGAACGUUUGGGAAAUGCUCGACAUCGCGAGCAACAAUGUACUGGCUUCUACUUCUUCAGUUGAUCCCAUAGGCAACCGGGUCUGGAAGCUUACGGCGGGAACCUGUGGGAACACCGAAGAAUCUGAAGUGGAAGCCUCCCUCAGCGCUUGCGACAUGGAACAGAGUGCCUGUCGCAACGGCGCUUGCGUCCUGAAGACGUCCCGCUGCGACGGAUACCCGCAUUGCCCUGAUGGUUACGACGAAGAGAAAUGCGAUCCCAUUCGGAUACCAAAGGGGUAUCUCAAAAUGGCGCCCCCACCGAAGCCACCGGCUGCUAUAACAGUCACGAUCGAGGUGACUCGAGUGGUGUCGACGGAGCCGCUAUUACUGUUGUUAAACACAUUUAUGGAAUGGGAAGACAGGCGGCUCCAGUUCGCCAAUCUGAGGACUGAUUCAGACUAUCCCAUUCCACUGAAUAACGCGAUAUGGCGGCCGAGGCUCAUAGUCCUGGCGCAGGGCAGCUCUGCUAGCGUGUCUCUGGUGCUCACUGACGACAACGAACUUGAUGACCACAGGGCCCAAUCGAGUCUGAAACUCAUGGCCACAACUUUGGCGACGCCGGAGAAGGACAAGAGAGACGCCGCAAUGGCAGAUACAAUCUACCCAGGGACCAACACCACCCUCACGCUGUCCGAGUACGUGCUUCGACCCAUCGACUGCAACUUCGACCUCAGCUUCUACCCCUUCGACGUCCACACGUGCGAACUCACGUUAGUCCUGGUGCCCCACAACAUGAAGCACGCCCGACUGGUCCUACCCAAUAACGGGGCCAGGUACACGGGCGUGACUAGACUCAGUGAUUUCACCUUUGAGGAUCUUGAGAUCAGAAAUGAGGACGUCAAGAUCGGCGCCGAGGAACACAGCGGAGUGGUACUGAGCAUGCGCUUGAGUCGACACUCGGCCUACAUCAUGGUCUCGGUAAUCCUGCCGUCCUUCAUCCUCCUGGGCAUCAGCAUGGCGUCCCUCUGGAUGACCUCCCAGACGAGCGGCUCCUCCACGCGCCUCCUCGUGAGCUGCGGAUGCACGGGAGCUUUCCUCGCCCUGUGGCUCAUAGCCAGCUUCAACAGCCCCACGACGGGAAGGGUGAAGGCCCUUGACGUGUGGCUGUGCUUCUGCACGAUGCACUCCGUUCUGCUGACUCUCCUCCACGUCUUCGUCGACAUCUUCGGCCCCACGGAGUCUCAGACUCUCUUCUCCCGCGUGAUGUCCCGUUCGCCGUCGAGGAUGAGGGAGGUGAAGCCCAUCGAGUCUGGCAGCAUCUACGACAACCUGAUUCGCGUCCCCGAUAGCGACGACGCCUGGACGGCGUCCUACUGGAUCGUCUUCAUAGCCAGGGUGGUCUCCCCGGCCCUGGUCGUGCUCUUCAACGCCUCGUUCUGGCCCUUCGUCAUCUACUUCAGCAGGAACCCCCUGCCCUGAUGCGUGCUCAACUCGAUGCUGAAUAUACUCAACGGAAAAUCUAUCUAUUUUUAUGCGAUUCUUCCGAAACAGAUUUGUAAACUGUGCACGUAGAUUUUAGAGGUCCUCCAGUGGGACUUUUAGGUAUUUUUGGGCUGUAAGCCGUUACGUGUGGGGCCAAUUACAGUGCCGAAUUUUAUUCCUUGAACAAUCUGUACCCAAGAGGAACUAUGUAAGCAUCAGGUGCGGACAAUAUUCCAAUACUCUGUUUAUUCAAUCUAGUUUAGACUGACAACAUAUGCUCUUCAUACCCAGCAGGCAACUAAAACAUGUUAUGUCUUCAAACUGGUUUUGUGAAUGACACUCAUAGUACUUAAAACAUUUAUAUAUAUAUUCGUCUCAUCACACAACAUUUGCAAAGGCAAACGAACUAAUAUUACAACUACAGCUGUAGCUAGUGUAUAUGUACUUUCAUUCUUAUAAUGGUUUAUGAUUUAGAUAUAAAAAUUCCCAGUUAUUUUUGUCAGACAGACAAUCGGACGAACUAAUAUUUCAACUACAACAUAAGCUGUAGCUAGUGCAUAUGUACAUUUCAUUGUUGUAAUAAUUUACGAUUUAUGUAUAAAAGUCCCCGCUUUUUUUAUAGUUUGAUGGUUCAGUCCACUUAUCCACAGCACGUGAUAUAUUUAUUCAGUGGCAGGAACUACGUGCAAAGCAGGUAUCACGAAUUGGCCAUAAAUGUUGAAUGUAUUUAUGUGUACACCUUCAUCUCUCUUGUGUAUUUAUAGAUAAGUUGGCCCAUCAACUUCCGUUCCUUUGAUGAGGGUAAUCUUACAUGUUAUCUGUUAAAAAUGGCCUUUUUUAUGACGUCAAUUUCAGCCACAAUCACUAGUAACGAUUUCUUCUUUUACAGUCAGCAAUUUAGAAGUAGCAGAAUUUUCUGUACAUGCUAUUAUUAACAAGUAUAAAUUGUUAAUGUUAAUCAAUCGCGAAGAUUUCUCCUCUGUACAAUAAGCUAUAACGCGAAAAUUUGUGUCCGUGAAAUAGCAGUUAUGGAAAAGUUAAUAUUACACUAUUAAUCAAUGAAUGAAAAAAUGUUCCUGCAAUUAAGGCACUGUCACAUUUAAAUAAUUAAUAAUAAUAAUAAUAAUAAUAAUAAUAAUAAUAAUAAUAAUAAUAAUAAUAAUAAUAAUAAUAAUAAUAAUAAUAAUAAUAAUAGGUUACGAACACGAGUGGUUUAAUGUUGAUGCUGGCAUGGUAAGCAAUCGGGUUAUUUCUUUAUUUAAAGCCCUUUUUUAUUUCAUUUCGUAUUUAGUCCUCCAAUAAAUCGAUAAAGAAUUAAUUUAAAAUGUCAUUUGCUUUUUAUGACUCGUAAGCACAUCCCGUGUCGCUAAUUAUCGUUCAAUUCCCUUUUUAUUUCGUGUUUGGUCAAUAUUUGUAGUUUUAUACACAAUUCAUUCCAAAUGGUGUAGUAUAUCCUCUUCAUUUAGCUUCGUUUCAUAUUGAUUCGCGUUCUAAUAAUAUCCAAAUGGGCGUUUGAGUCAUUGCAUAUUGAAUGUUCAGACGAGUUCUUGUUGGUUCACACUGGCAGGCUGAUCAUUUUAUUAAAGAUUCCGAGUUUUAAAUGAAAUCAUUGCUCGUCUUUUGUUUGGAUAGUUGAUACUGACAUAUAUUCACCUGAUUUUGUAAUGAAUUUUAUAUACAUUCAACAAGUUUGAUAAAUCUUUGAUAUGCUAGAAAAAGUAAAUGCUAGUUACUUUAGUGAAUUUAUGAAAAAAAAAACAUAUAGAUAUAUUAUAUAUAUAAUUAUAUAUAUGUAUAUAUAUAAUUAUAUAUACAUUAUAUAUAUAUAAUUAUAUAUACAUUAAUUAUAUGUAUAUAAUUAUAUAUACAUUAAUUAUAUAUAUAUAAUUAUAUAUUCAGUUUCAUUUCCUAAGAGAUAAGUAAUUUGCACGAACAUUCUCUAACAUUCUGACAAUCAAAUACCAAUCUGAUAAAUAUCUUGAUACGUUAAAAAGCAAAUUACAACAAUAUUUACUUGUAAAAGUACAUAUUUAAUUUGCAAAAAAAAGGGUUUAGAGUAUUUCCUUCAAUCUUUAUAAUAACUAAGGUCUUUCUUAAUUCACAAACAAAAAUCUUGCAGGUAACAAACAGCACUAGGAACAGAUUUUAGCAAUAAGUACAACUCUGGAGAUUUUUAUAUGAAAACAGAUGUUUAUGUGUUAGUAGGAUUAGAUAUUCAAUGCUAUAUUUUAUAUGGAAAAGUCUCCUGUAAAUAUAUUGAGUUGUCCUAAACGUGAUGUUUGUAGAAAAUAUAAAACUUUGUACGACUGUUUAUGGAAAUGUUUAUCACUAGAAUUUUUUUUUACGAAUCUUGAUGGAAUUAUUAUUGAUCUCACUAGUGCUAAGGAAUAAAUUUGUAUGUGAUAGUCUCAUUUUGUAAAUACAUCUAUCUAAUGUACAAGUUGUAGCAGUAGAACAUAAAAACGCCAUUUUUGAAUUUGUAAAUACAUAAUACUCACCGAUAUACUUACUGGGUUUGUAAAUAGAUUAGAAUGGGAGUAUAUUUAUAUAUACAUAUAUAUUUAUAAAGGAAACUUGAUUGAUGUUUUACACUGAUGGUACAACUUAGAUCUUUGAAUUUAAUGAACAAAUUUAGUACUGAGGAAACUGAUGAGCUUUUCUGAAUCUUAAGUUAAUUCUGUUGACUUAAUUAAAGCGCUAUGUGAGUUUAUUCAACAAAAACUCAGCGCGUCAAUCACUGAUAUUUAGCAUCUAAUAGGUGUGUAGAAUGCUCAGACCUAAGCAUACCUUCAUACAAACAUGCAUAAACACAUACAUACAUACAUACAUAC